CGGGGCUCAUUCUACAAGUUGAUGCGACUUGCAAGGAAGUUCUGUGAGAUUUGCAUUAAAGGCGCUGAAGACUUUCCUCUUCCCCAGAAGAAAAGAUGGCCACACCCUGCAACAAAGUCCAUCUUGCUGCUUACUGAGUGCAGCUCAUGUGUAUCUUUAUCUUCCUGAUAAUUCGGUGUUGAAGCAGGGAGAGUCACUUCACCUUCCCCCUAGUUUUAUAGGCAUGUGAGUAUAGAUCAUUGGCAAGAUUCAAGAAGACCGGCUCACCUGCUGGUCUUCUCCCUAGGUCUGGAGACCAAGAAAAUGAAGUUGAGAAGGAGAGAUUUGAGGUAGGGGUAGUAAGAGAUACUUUGGGGAGGGUGCUCAGGUAAGAAAUGGGAGGAGGAAGAGGAGGAGGAAGAGGAAGAGGAGGCACUUCCUUCUUUAGGUCAUCCUUGGAAGUUGUUUGAAAAGAAAGGACAAAGAGUAGCCUCAUAUGCUCUCUCCCUCUCUCCUUCUCUCCCUCUUUCCCUCCCUCCUCCUUCCCUCCCUCGGUCACUUCCUCCCUCCCUCCCUCCCCCGCCCCCUCUCCUGUUUUCUUUCUCUUUCAACGUGACAUCAUUGCUGUCUUGGAAAACUUGAUGGUUAAUAAAGAGUCACUGACAAGGUUCCACCUCAAGUGGUUGGUGGUACCACACAGUAGCAGUGAACCCUGUAGGGUACCAGCUCAGGAGGAAAGCAUAAAGCUCUGGCUGAACUCUCCCUACCAGCCACACAGUAGGGACAGCUUGUCAGUGUGUGUCAUUGAUAGUUUACUUCUGGCCAUGACAAUAACGAGGUGGCCUAAAAUUUAACUUUGAACUGUAAGAAGAUUCCACAGAAAACUCUCAAAACAGAACUGGGGUUUGGAUCACCUGUACAAAGAAUAUAGAAUAUUCUAGACUCUCUGAUACAGCGUGGACAGUGGCUUGAAGUCCAGGCCUGAGUCCGCUCUAUCUUGCUCCAGAUCCGCUUCCACUGAACCCUCUCACCUGGGACUAUCUGGCCUUCAAAAGAUCCAGUGGGGAGACUAGUGAGGUGGGACCAUGGUCCCUCUUGACAAGGACAACCAGGACAUUUGUCCUAUCUGCCUGGAUCCCCUGAAGGAGGCUGUGAGCACCGACUGCAGACACCUUUUCUGCCGCAUGUGCCUGAUCCGGCACAUGGAUAAGGCUUCGGUCUCCGGGGUUCUCAGCUGCCCGGUCUGCAGGAAGCCCUGUUCGGAGACAGUCCUUGGAGACAAUUACAUCUGCCACACUCACCAGAAGAGGGUGUGCAGGUUCUGUGAGUCUAGCAGACACCUCCUGUGUGAGGAAUGCCUCCAGUCCCCCGAACACCGGGCCCAUACUGAGCUCUCCAUUGAAAAUGCCAUCAGCCACUACAAGGAAAGACUCAAUCGGAGAAGCAGGAAGCUCAGAAAGGACCUUGGGGACCUUCAACGGCUGAAGGCUCAGGAAGAGAAGAUGCUCCAGGCUCUGCAGGUUGAUUGGGGGAGCCACAGGCCAAGAACUGAGCAGCAGAACCAAGACCAAACCGAGCUACAGCAGAAGGCCCUCCCUCGGCAUUGGCUGGACCAACGAGAGGACCCGCCAGAGGAGGUGGCCAAGGUCUUUAACUUCUCUGAGGCAGUAACACAGCUCAGCAUCCUGGUUUCCAGUCUGGAAAGGAUGGCCAAGGAACUGGACGCCAGCACCCUGAAGGAUGCCAGCGACUUACUGGACAGGUAUGAACCCCUUUCCAUCGGUCCCACAUAUGAAGACACAUGCAAACCACACAACAUAAAUGUGUAUAUGGGCUAAAUUAAAGUCAAGGAGACAUACUUGGUACCAUCAUAUACUACAUGACCAGUGGAAGAGUUAGUAGAAUAUGAAUGAAUGAAUGAAUGAAUGAUUUCUUUGUCUCUAGGAGUUCGCAACAGAAACUAGAAGGACUUCUCUCUCAUGUUCCUCCAGCCAACUCUAAGCUCAGUUAGUUCUUCUGGUGCGGUCUCACCCCCACAACUCUCGUCUGAUGCCUUAGCUUCUGACACUGGGACAUAGUCUUCUUCCUAAGCCAGACUUGAACCUGUGGCUCCCACUGCUUCAGCCAGGCAUUUCAGAUCUUCGUCACAUCCAGGGACAUUUGCACAAUCUCCAUGUGGCCGUGCACUGGUGGUCUUACCUGCUGCCCGUGGUCUCGUGUGGGUAUUAAAGCAUCUGGAUGACACGACAGAGUGAGCUAGCCUCAGCUCUUGGAGCUUGGCAGGUUAAUUAGGACAUAUUCCUUCUGACUCUGACAGAACCUCCUGUCUGUACAGCCCACAUUGUUCAUUCAUGAUGACCGUUGAACGCGGGCUCCAGGGUGAUUUCCACAGUCUUCACCCUCAUGUUCAUGUACAUGUAACUUUGUCCUCUGGAGUACGAGUGGCAUCUAUGACUUGCUUCUCAUCAAAGGAAGAUAGCAGAAGUGGUGGAGGUCACUGUGGUGACCACGGACUCUUUCCUGCUGAAUGGACUCCAGAUGCAUUCCAGAGACUCUUCUUGCUAACGUUAGUGAUGUUGAGGGGAAAGAUAUGUGGGCAGCUUCUUGUUUCUUAGAGCAACCUCCAUUUUCCAGAUGAUAGGAAUCAGGGGGUCUGGGGCUUGCAGUUGCAGUAAACCCUUCUAACACCACAAGUAGAUACUUCUGGGAACUGAAACGGCCCCUACUAGUCACCCUGUCCCCCGCCCCAUAGUUUCCAUAAGGUCUGGAAAAUGGUAGGUUUUUUUUUUCUUAUUUCUGCAUCUGUUUUCACAAUAAACUCUCUUAUUAUUUAAA